AUGUUCACCAAGCAGUCUCUCGUGACCCUCUUUGGCGGUCUGUCGCUUGCUCUGGCCCAGACUAACACUGAGAAAUAUCCUUCUGCGGCGGAGAUUGCAGCAGCCAAGGCCUCUGUGCUGCCCUAUUCACCUGUCUCGAAUGUCAAGGGCCUUUCGUUCAACCGUUUUGUGAACAUCUGGUUGGAGAACACCGACUACGAUGUGGCUGCUGGCAACAUCCAUCUGGCUGAGCUGGCUAAGAAGGGUGUUCUGCUCAGUAAUUUCUGGGCUAUCACCCACCCUUCGGAGCCCAACUACUGUGCCUCGGCCGCUGGUGACACCUUUGGUAUGGAUAACGAUGCCUUUCAACAUAUUCCCGCCAAUGUCUCUACCAUUGCAGACUUGUUCGAUACAAAGAACAUCGCCUGGGGAGAGUACCAGGAGGGUCUUCCCUACCCCGGCUACAAGGGUUACCGGUACCCGGAGAGUGGCGCCAACGUGUAUGUGCGCAAGCACAACCCCCUGGUGUUGUUUGAUUCUGUGACGGAGGACUCCCUCCGUCUGCGCCAGAUCAAGAACUUCACUACCUUCUACGAGGACCUGGAACACGAGCGUCUGCCGCAGUACAUGUUCAUCACCCCCAACAUGACCAACGACGGCCACGACUCCAACAUCGAGACCUCCGGUGCUUGGACCUACAACUUUCUCUCCAAGCUUCUGGAGAAUGAGUACUUUACCAAGGACACACUUGUCAUGCUGACCUUUGACGAGACCGGCACGUACAAGAUCGGCAACAACGUGUACACCUUCCUGGUUGGUGGAGCCGUGCCGGAGAACCUGCGCGGUACCACCGAUGAUACCUUCUACACGCACUACUCCGUCAUCGCCUCCAUGUCCGCCAACUGGGGUCUCCCUUCUCUGGGCCGCUGGGACUGCGGUGCCAAUCUGUUCAAGUGGGUAGCCGAGAAGACCGGUUACGUCAACUACGAAGUCGACACGACCAGCUUGUACAUGAACGAAACCCAUCCCGGCCCGCUCUCCGAGAACCACUACAGCACCUACGCAGCUGGCUGGCCUGUCAAGAAGACCUGGAAGGGAUUGACCGCGACCUUCAACUACACUGCGCCCUUCCCUUACGACUCCAAGAGCAGCAGCAACCUUGGUGUCUCGUACAGCCGCAAGCUGAAGAACGGCAAGGUUGAGUCCGGUGUUUCUGCAUGAUGUGUACGAUCUUCUUAUUUAU